CUUUCUAUUCUACAUUAGGUGGCGAUAUGAGGGAGUUAUUGAAUCAUUUGUCCAACCGGUUCCUUACAAAACAGACCGAAAUGAUUUAAAGGGGUCAUACGAUGCGAUUUAAAAUGUUUCCUUUCUUUGGAGUAUUACAAGCUCUUGGUGUAUAAAGACGAUCUGUAAAGUCACAAAGACUACAGUAUCAAAUCCAAAGAUAUAAAAGUGAAGAAAGACUAGAAAUUAGUGGUUAAGUUUUAUCUACAACACUGUUGCAGAACAGUUCAACCUAAAUAUUCAGAUGUGUGCAACCCAUUUACGGAAGACGAGGACUGUGAGAGUAGGCUAUAAUGCCAGUGUCUGUUUCUAAAGUGAGGCAGUUCUAACUUUGCAAAGACAGUCUGGCGCUUCUGAUUCACAGUGUUUUUGUGGCCACCUUUGGUGUCCUCAGCUUUGUUGGUCUCGUUCUGGCAAUUGGAACCGAUUUUUGGUACAUCAUUGACACUUCUAAGAGAGAAAACAGCUCAUCUGUGUCUCUGAGCUCACAUUCUGGACUGUGGAGGACUUGUAACUUUCAUAACCAAUGCUGGCCAUUUAUGAAUCCUUUUGGAACAGGAAGAAACUUAUCAGAAUCGCAAAGGCAGAUCCUAAACAUGCAAGGAACGUUCAUCGUGCUGCUGCCUCUCAGUGUGAUCGUGCUGUUCAUCGGAGGAAUGCUGGGCUUCAUCAGUAUGUUGGCACGAGCCUACCUCCUGCUCCUCCUGACCGGGGUGCUGCUUCUGUUCGGUGCUGUGCUCUCAGUGGCUGGUGUUUGUGUCUACAUGGCUUACUCUGCGGCCGCCUUCAAAGAGGCUGUAGACAUCUCUGGCCACAAAACCCUGAAGGACAUCGAGAUUUACUAUGGCUGGUCUCUGAUUCUAGCCUCUGUUUCUUUCGUUGGAGAACUCUGUACCGCCGUGGCGUUCCUGCUCACCUCAGCCAGAGUGAGCCAGCUGACCAAUCAGGAAGACCGUGAAUACUGACCUGCUCUGAAUCAGGACUGAUGUAAGGACAGGAGAGGAUUACACCACAUGAACACACUGAAAGUGACACACAAACACUCAAAACUAAAUCAAUGUUUACAUAUUUAUAUUUUAAAAGGAUGCUUUUUAAAAUGCAGGGGUUUGUGAAAUGUAUUAUAGAAACACCAAUGCUAAACUAAAUUAAUAAAAAUGUAUAAUAAUAAUAAUCAUUCUUAUAAUAAUAGGUAACACUUUAGUAUAGGGACCAAUUCUCACUAUUAACUAGUUGCUUAUUAGCAAUUAUAUA